AUGGCCGCUGCUGGUCGCGUUGAUGCGCUGUUUGAGUCUCAGACGCGCGCCUCUUUCAUUGAUGACCCAGCGCUGUACGAUGUUGGUGAAUGCGAUGCGGAGGAUGUACCGGGGAUAUCCAGAGGCAGCUGGGUAGAGGAUGAAUAUGCCCACUCGCACCAAUGCAGGUCUUGCCACGAUACUCAUCGUUUGCGCAAGUCCCUCAAGUGGAUAGAGGUACAAUACAUAGCCGAAAUAGAGUCCUUGCGGCUGCACCUAGAGGAAGCGGUGGCGCAGCGCACCGCAGCUGUGAGGGAGCGAAACGAUCUGCUGACCUCCGCUGACAAGACAAUGACGGACAUGCUACAGAUAAAGCAAGAGGCGCAGGCACUCCAGGUGGAGCUGGUGCAAGUGUCGCAGGAGAAAGAGCAACUACGGCGGUGUGUGCAGGAACUACAGAAGGAGAGUGCCGCUGCCAGCGAGCGAUGCGAGAGAGUUGCACGGUUCAUCCUUGAUGACACAGAGGCAGUGGAGCGUGUUCACCUCGAGGCUGCGGAGAAGGACGAGGCUCUGUUGCUCCAGCAGCUGUGCGCAGUCGAGUGGGCGAGAGUUGAGGCAAUUGCGCACCUGAUGUCCGGGCACACUUUGAAGAGUUGCGCCGCCACAGCUGAUGGGGCUGCUGGUGCUAUAUGUGGCAGUUCCUGCACGAACAUCUCGAGCGGCUUCUUUCCAGAGAUCUCGUCACCGGGGUUGUCGGAGGAGAGCCAUGAGCGACGCACGUGUUCACCACGUCCCUCGCAGCGGCGGUCGCUGACGGUGCCUGUGCCCACUCAGCGUCUUUCAUACUCUCCCUAUUCUCAAGCAGAGCACGGUGGAGGACAGAGCGCUGCUGCCACAUUCCGUUGCACUCGGAUGUUUACCCCUGACCCAGCUGGAGCCACACCAGGCGCUGGCGAUGAUUCAGCGCGUAAGAGCAUCAAGAGAGAAGAGUGGGGCCUCGAGCAGCAGCGCAGUUUGUAUGAGACGCAGCUGGCUGAGGAGCGCGCCUUGACAAGUGAGAUGCAGGCGGAAAUAGACGACCUAAUUGAGAACGAACUCGUGCUGCUGGAAGCGAAUGGUCGUGUAGCCCUGGAGAGGGAUUCAGCGGAGGCCGUUGUCGAUGUUGUGCGGUGCCUCUUUCAGUGCCUCGGCACGUCGCUUUGUUCAGGGCAAGUGGUGUCAGUGGAGGGCUUCAUGAUGGACGCGACAUCACCGAAGGCCACAUCGACGACUUGCCCCGGUGACAGCGACGGUGAAUCGUGCAAAGGUCGCGUGUUGCCGAUGACAACGCAGGCGUCGCUGAGAUGUGGAAGGCUCGGAGACGAAUCUGUUGUAUGUGAAGCGCUGUUGUCGGAUGUGCUCAGCGCUGUGGAUGAGACGAAGCGAGGCGUGCACAGCCUUCACGAUAAUAUCAUCUGCUGCCACGACGCUGUGGGCAGCACUAGUGCACAGCAAGAGAAGAUGGAGGGUCUUCUUCGUCAAGUACUCGCAGAGGUGGCGAGCCAACGCAGCAAGGUUGAGGAAACGCACGCCGCGUUGCGUCGGUUUGCUCGCAUCUCAACACACAACGAAGACGCGCUGUUCCGCGCGGUGUGGCGAAUGGAGGAGACCUUGAGGGCAUCAACGCCAGUCGUGGCUCCUGUGAAAGAUGGAGAAGAAGAUAGGCGGACACGCAUUGCAAACCGAAAAGCCUCUCUGGACCUGCCGAUGCCGCCGCAGACAGAGGAGCUGCGAGGUGUCAGCACCGCAGAUGCCAAUCUCUUCACGACCACCACCGCACCCUCAUCCACGGCGAACGUCUCGAAUGCGCUUACGCAGCUGCCAUCAAGUGAGCACUUUGCUGCAGCGGAAGAGGCUCUAUUCGAUCCAUGUCGCAUUCAAAUGGACGCCAACUUGGCAGCGCAGGAGAUGGCGGCGUUCCUCCACCAAGACACGCGCAGCAAUGCCUCUGACGGGGACGUCCUGCAGACGCCGUAUGACGCCUAUUAG